AUGUCUAGCUGCUCCUACCCUCAUCACACUGAUGGUAACAUGUCUAGCUGCUCCUACCCUCAGCACACUGAUGGUAACAUGUCUAGCUGCUCCUCCCCUAAUCACACUGAUGGUAACAUGUCUAACUACUCCUCCCCUCAUCACACUGAUGGUAACAUGUCUAACUACUCCUCCCCUCAUCACACUGAUGGUAACAUGUCUAACUACUCCUCCCCUCAGCACACUGAUGGUAACAUGUCUAGCUGCUCCUCCCCUCAUCACACUGAUGGUAACAUGUCUAACUACUCCUCCCCUCACCACACUGAUGGUAACAUGUCUAACUACUCCUCCCCUCAUCACACUGAUGGUAACAUGUCUAACUACUCCUCCCAUCAUCACACUGAUGGUAACAUGUCUAACUACUCCUCCCCUCACCACACUGAUGGUAACAUGUCUAACUAUUCCUCCCCUCACCACACUGAUGGUAACAUGUCUAACUACUCCUCCCCUCAUCACACUGAUGGUAACAUGUCUAACUACUCCUCCCCUCACCACACUGAUGGUAACAUGUCUAACUACUCCUCCCCUCAUCACACUGAUGGUAACAUGUCUAACUACUCCUCCUCUCAUCACACUGAUGGUAACAUGUCUAACUACUCCUCCCCUUAUCACACUGAUGGUAACAUGUCUAACUACUCCUCCCCUCUCAACUUAUCACACUGA